GGAUGAUGAUAGUGAUGGGUACAAAACUUCUUUUCGUUCGUGAAUAUUCUUUGUCGUACUACGUACCUCAAGGCAAUAGACCAGCAAAGAAAGUUGUACAAUAACACUGUUGAUGAUGCUUUGCAUGUCUCGCGAUUGAUUCAUUCCUCCUUUUGAACACCGUACCCAAUACAUACGCACUUGGUUUGAAUCAAUUCAAUCUACACAAUGAUUCGCCACACGCUAUUUCUUCUGUUGCUGGGCAUACCGGCGAUCUGUUAUGCCUUCGUAUCUCCCGUUCCCCAAUCGCAUCGGUCCAUAGCAUCGGGUCUUGUAGGCCUAAACGUAGCUGCCCCCUUGGAACAAGACACGCGAGAAGACGAGCAGCAGCUGCGAGAGCGGGAAGAGAAGCGACAAAAACGAAAGCUCCGAAAGGAACGAGAGAAACAAGAACGCAAUUCCCCCGUUGGCAAACUGAAAUUCAAAUUACUGAAACAGCUCAAGGCCGUCGCGAAAGACUACGAAAUGCUGCAGGACGGAGACCACAUCAUGGUGUGUGUGUCCGGAGGAAAAGAUUCUGCCGUCCUGCUGGUCCUGCUGAUGCACCUGCAGGAGCAAUUGAAACCGAUCGGUGUCGACUUCAAGCUGACGGCCGUCCACGUGGACCAAAAGCAGCCCGGGUACGACGGCGAACCUCUCGUAAAGUGGUUCGACGAGCUGGGGGUAGACUACGAAAUCCUCGAGGAAGACACCUAUUCGGUGGUCGUCGACAAGACCUCGGCCGGAAAAUCGUUCUGCACCAUGUGCUCGCGCCUGCGGCGGGGGAUCCUCUACUCCAAGGCCCUGGAGCUAGGUUGCAACAAGCUGGUCCUGGGCCACCACGCGGACGAUUCCCUCGAGACCCUCGUCCUGAACAUGCUGCACGCCGGUGAGCUCAAAGCAAUGCCGGCCCGGUACACGAGUCGGCGUGGAAAGCUGGCGGUGAUGCGGCCCCUCAUAACCUGCAUGGAGGACGACAUCGAGGAGUACGCAAUGCUGUCGAAGUUCCCCAUCCUGCCCUGCAACCUCUGCAAGAACCAGAACGGCCUGCACCGGCCCCAGGUCAAGCUGCUCCUGUCGACCCUGGAUUCCUUUACUCCCGACGCCAAGAAAAACUGGCUGACCUCCCUCAGCAACGUCCAGCCGAGCCACCUGCUGGACCAAAACCUUCGAAAGGCCGUGGGAAUGGACCCCAUCACCGGGGAGGAAGAAGAAGAGACGGAGGAACAGAACGCGCCUUGAACACGGUGAAAGGAAUUGAUAGAUUAAUUGGUUAGAACUAAGGGUAACGCAAUGG